AUACAAACCUGAACACCAAUAACAAACACCUCGAAGAUGGGAGCGAUAUCAGAGGACGACACACGGAGCAACAAGAUGUAUCCGGCCUCGGAUCUCAUCUCGGAGAGCUACUUGAACGAACGGGACAUCGAGGCCUUCGGAAGGGCGCUUCAGAUCAACGAGCAUGAGGAGACACCGGCAAACGAGUUCAUUACGGCGUUACACGACUGGGCACCUGUAAGACAACAAGUACCCAAGUCAAAGGAGAAGGAAUCUUCGAGCACGAAGAAGAAAGCGAAAGGACGGAAGAGGAGUUCGAGUAUAAAGGAUGAGACGAGAGAAGGGGUUGUAUAUCCGAUUAUGCGCUGGCCGUUACUGAUCGGAAUAUCGCUGUAUGUUCAGUUCCUUGCUUGUCUUUACCUCCUCAUCCGCCUUUACAUCAACAUCUAUGAGCACAUCAUCAUUUGGCGCGGUACACCACUCAGACUCCGUAACGCCCUACGGAAUUCAACUUCGUAUACGGAGUGGCUCAAGAACGCGAUCAAUCUCGACAAGUACAUGGGCCACGAGGAGUGGAAGAAGGAGAACGAGUAUGCGUAUUACGACCACGUGCUGAUCAGGAAGAGUUUCAAGAGGUUGAGGUCCCUGAGGGAGAAAGGAGAUGUAAGAGGUUUGAGAAGCGUUCUGGAGGAAUGUGUGAAAGGAAAUUUUGGCGGGAUCGAGAACCCUAGGCUCUACUCACAGACUUACUACGGCACCAAACGUCUGAUCGACCAAUAUCUUGAUGAAGUCGAUAAAUCUCUGAACAUCGUCAUCAACUCCUCCGAAAUAUCCCAGGAGGACAAACGGGUCAUGUUACGCUACCUGGCCAAGAACUAUGGAAGGACAGCCUUGUGUCUCAGUGGGGGUGCUAGCUUCGCAUACUACCACUUCGGCGUUGUCAAGGCAUUAUUGGAGGCUGACUUGCUCCCCAACGUCAUCACCGGUACUUCGGGUGGAGGCGUGAUUGCCGCAUUGGCAUGUACCCGGACCAAAGAUGAACUGAAAGAGCUUUUGACGCCUGAUCUCCAUGCUAAGAUCACAGCGUGCAAAGAUCCACCAUCAGUAUGGCUACCCCGUUUCUGGAAGACUGGCGCAAGGUUCGAUGCCCUUGACUGGGCCCGUGCAGCAAUGUGGUUUUGUCGUGGGUCCAUGACGUUUCGAGAGGCGUAUGAGCGUACGGGACGGAUCCUCAAUAUCUCAGUCAUCCCGUCUGAUGUUCAUUCGCCGCCAAAGUUGAUCAACUAUCUCACUGCUCCGGAUACAGUUAUCUGGUCUACGCUCCUGGCCAGUUCGGCUGUACCUGGGAUCCUGAAUCCCGUUGUGUUAAUGAUGAAGGUGAAGGAUGAGAACGAGACGGAUGGGUACAGGCUUGUGCCGUAUAACUUUGGACAUAGGUGGAAGGAUGGGAGUUUGCGGACGGAUAUCCCGUUACAGAGUUUGAAUACGCAUUUCAACGUGACCUAUUCCAUCGUGAGUCAGACGAACCCGCAUAUCUCCCUGUUCUUCUUCUCGGCAAGAGGAAAUGUUGGACGACCCGUCGCACACCGAAAAGGAAAAGGAUGGCGUGGUGGGUUUUUGGGAUCGUUGGCGGAACAAUAUCUCAAGCUUGAUUUGGGAAUGUGGAUGCGCGUACUCCGCGAUUUGGAAUUACUCCCGCGCCCCGCUUCCCAGGAUUGGUCCAACGUCUUUCUCCAGCGCUUCGAUGGCACGGUAACGAUCACACCGAAAACUGUACCUGGUGAUUUCUGGUAUAUCCUUAGUGAUCCAAAUCGCGAGAGGUUGGAGAGGAUGAUCUUGAGUGGGCAGCGGAAGACGUGGCCGAAGUUGUUGUUUAUCAAGCACCGGUUGAGUGUUGAAAGGAUUAUCGAGCGGGGUCGGGCGUUGACGAGGAAGAAGGUGAACGGAAACGGAAGUGGGAGUGGAAGGGGCAGCGGAGUCAAUACUCCGGUCGAGGGAGGGUCGGGGCAGCUUGGAGUGCCUGUGGGCGAGGGUACGAUAUUGAGUGAUGCGGAGAUUGAGGCGAGUAGCGAGUCUCACGCACACCAAGCUGCCCGAACGACCACCAAUGGCAAGAAUCCCGCGAAGAAACAGCGUGAAAGGGACACAGAAGAUUUACGGAGACGAAGCCUCAGUCCGAGGGUCAGAGGGCAGGAGCCGUCGAGAGCGGUGUAUGAUUCGCCAGAUUUCAAUGAUCAUGCGGGGAUGAUCGAGGAUGAGAUGGAGGCGAAUGGGACAGGGAGUGGGUAUGGACUUGAUAGUUCGAGUUCGGAUGAGGAGGAUGGAGAUGGUGAUACCGGGGAGGGAGAAUAUGAAGGCGAGGGUGAUGUUACGGAUGCUUUCAUCUCCAGUCGGGGGAUGACUGGGGCAUACUGAAGUUGACAGUGAAGCAAACUGAGAUGUGAUCCGCAAUGUUGUAUCAAGUGACGUGAGAAUUGUUUCGUAUAAGAAGAAUGAAUUAGACUGUUAAGACACUCCGCCCAGUGCCAGGUAUACCGAGAACCCCACGCGACACCGCUGUUGCAAUAAACGAAGAUAAAACCCGAGAUAAAACAAACCAGA